GGCUCAGGUGAGUGUCCCUUCGGUGACGUCAGGUCAUCCUCGGCCGCCCCUCCGGUCCCUCCCCGCCUCGCGCUCCCGGUGCCCGCGGGGGCGCGCCCCCGACGACCUACAUAUACUCAGGUGCGCCGCACCUGUCCGCCUGCACCUGCCCGCUCACCGCUGAGCGACCUCUCUUCGCACAGCAGCCUCGGGCCGACAGCCCAGGAUACUCUGGGGACUUCCAGCACCCGGGACCGCGCCCACACGGCCCCUCCACCUUUUGUUUGGGAAGGGUCGCCGAGCGCCGGAGGGAACUGCCGGGUCUUCGCGGAUUGCUUUUGUUGGCCACCAGUCCUGUUCCCUUUGCUGUGAGACCCUCGCCCCGCCGGAGGGGUAGAUUUGUGUUUACUUCGGUGACAAGAUUUGCAAGCACUCGACCAAAAACUUUUUUGCCUCUUUGGGUGACAAAACUCGCCAGCCCGGCGCCUCCCGUCUUUUCUGCGGGCGGAAAUGGCCAAUUCGGGCCUGCAGCUACUGGGCUUUUCCAUGGCUCUGCUGGGCUGGGUGGGCCUGGUGGCGUGCACCGCCAUCCCUCAGUGGCAGAUGAGCUCGUACGCCGGCGACAACAUCAUCACCGCCCAGGCCAUGUACAAGGGGCUGUGGAUGGACUGCGUCACACAGACCACGGGCAUGAUGAGCUGCAAAAUGUACGACUCGGUGCUCGCCCUGCCCGCGGCCUUGCAGGCCACCCGAGCCCUAAUGGUGGUCUCCCUGGUGCUGGGCUUCCUGGCCACGUUCGUGGCCACAAUGGGCAUGAAGUGUACAAACUGUGGGGGGGACGACAAAGUGAAGAAGGCCCGUACAGCCAUGGCCGGAGGCAUCAUUUUCAUCUUGGCAGGUCUUGCUGCCUUGAUAGCUUGCUCCUGGUAUGGCCACCAGAUUGUCACAGACUUUUACAACCCGUUGGUCCCCAUGAAUGUUAAGUAUGAGUUUGGUCCUGCCAUCUUCAUUGGCUGGGCAGGGUCCGCUCUGGUCCUCCUGGGAGGUGCACUGCUCUCUUGCUCCUGUCCUGGGAGUGAAAGCAAAGUUGGGUACCGUGCACCCCGCUCCUACCCUAAGCCCAACUCUGCCAAGGAGUACGUGUAAGCUGGGAUGCCCUUACCCCAGCCUGGCAGCCUAGAGAUGCCCCCCAGACAUCUGAAAGGACCUGGGGCAGAGAGCUCAACCCGUGGGCAGGGUGCCGAGCAGAAGCCUGCGGUCACUCUACCCCAGCACACCAUGUACAGUUCCCUGGGGUGUUGGGUGGUGGGGAGACAAAAAGGGGGAGGGUGUGCUUUUUGUACAGUAAUAAAAAUAUGUUUUGGAAAGUAGA